CAAGAAUCUGCGCUGCGCAAAGGCUGCCGGGGAUGGUGAGAGAGUUGUACUUUAUCCUCUCAGCCGCAGGGCCGCGGGUUACUUACCUCUGUGUAAACUGAACGGGGACACUUGCCUUGUUAUUGAUGAUGAUGAAGGGUUGCUGGUGUUGUUGGGCAGAGCUUGGCUGUUCCAUUGCUGAGAUCACUAUGCCAGGGCUCAUGUGCAGGCGGGUAUCUUAGUCACUUGGCCACCUGGACUCCUCCUGGGCAACCUGAUUCCACAUGGAAUAGUCUGUGAGACAUACUCUGCCCUGGGACAUUCAUUCAGGGUCAUGUACUAUAGCAGUGGAAGCAUUGUUAUAUACAUGUUGUUGUACAUUAGAGCUGUACUUUCAUUGCGACUCCAGCUUCCCACUGACACAUCAAGGCUGUCAUAUCCAUAUUGCCUGCUUGCCAUGCCUUGUGCCCAGGUCCACAGCCCAGAGCAGUCCAUAGUUGGGGGACAGGGGGCAGCCUGAAGGCCCUUUUAAGUGGGAUUUGGGGACAAUACCUUUUGGCCUUAUAAGAUUCCCCUGGAACCAUCGACUGAGUAUCAUGUAAGUUGUUGGAUAAUAUCAGAGAAAUUCCUUGCCUUUACUCUUUAUGUUGCUUAACUUUCAUUCAUAAAUGCAACAUCCCUCCCUCCUGUCCUGCACUUUAGCAGAGCUUUACAGGCAUAGACAUUAAGCAAUACAUUGGCAGCUGAAGUAUCGACAGAGGAAACCCGACUGAAACUGGAAGUGACCCAUUGAAGUAGAAGGAAUCUGAACCAUGGCCUCAUUAUGUUUGAGAUGCUUGGUGACAUUAGGCCUUGGGAAGGUUCCUGCAGGGAUCAGACAGAGAAAUGCCCUGCACCUGGCACACAUAGGACAUCCCUCUUCUUUGCUAAGAGCUAUUUAUCUCGGGCAUCAUGAAGCUGAAGCAGCGGGUCGUUGUCUUGGCACUGCUGCUGGUGAUUUUGGUUCUCACCAAGCUUCUUUUAUUGGACCGACUGGAGACCUCUGCUGCUCAGAGACAGGACCAGCUGUCUUUUCAGCGCAUGAUGUCCAGCUUGCGGCUUACGUUGGACUCCCGUUUGGAGCAUACCUUGCAGUCCCCCUGGGAAAUUGCAUCUCAGUGGGUUGUACCACGGGAAGUGUAUCCUGAGGAUAGCCCAGAAAUGGGAGCAGUUUUACAUUCUAUGGCAAUCAAGAAAAUUGUGAGAGCUGACGUUGGCUACAAAGGCACACAGCUCAAAGCUUUGCUUGUCCUGGAAGGUGGACAGAAGGUGGUAUUUAAGCCCAAAAGGUACAGCCGGGAUUAUAUUGUGGAAGGGGAACCAUAUGCUGGGUACGACAGGCAUAAUGCUGAAGUGGCAGCUUUUCAUUUAGAUAGAAUCCUAGGCUUCAGACGAGCUCCUCUAGUUGUUGGGCGAUAUGUGAAUCUUAUCACUGAGAUUAAACCUGUAGCUACUGAGCAGCUUCUAAGCACUUUUCUAAAGCAGGGUAACAAUACCUGCUUUUAUGGGAAAUGCUACUACUGUCGUGAGACUGAGCCCGCCUGUGCAGAACAAGAAAUGAUGGAAGGUACUGUCACACUAUGGCUCCCCGAUGUAUGGCCCCUUCAGAAGCAUCGACACCCUUGGGGAAGGACCUACCGCGAGGGAAAGUUGGCAAGGUGGGAAUAUGAUGAAAGUUACUGUGAUGCUGUGAAGAAGACCUCACCUUAUGACUCUGGACCAAGACUCCUGGAUGUUAUUGAUACUGCUGUUUUUGAUUUCCUGAUUGGAAAUGCAGAUCGUCAUCAUUAUGAAAGCUUUCAAGAUGAUGAGGGUGGCAGCAUGCUAAUACUACUGGACAAUGCUAAGAGUUUUGGGAAUCCAUUGGUAGAUGAGCGAAGUAUUUUGGCUCCCCUAUACCAGUGCUGCAUUAUUCGCGUUUCCACGUGGAACCGUCUUUCUCACUUGAAGCAUGGCACGCUCCGCUCUGCUUUAUUGACUGCUACGGCUCAUGAUCCCAUCUAUCCAGUGCUGUCAAAAACUCACCUUGAUGCUUUAGAACGCCGACUACAGAGCAUAUUGGCAACGGUUCAGCAAUGCAUAGGACAGUUUGGAGCUGAUGUGGUCAUGGUGGAGGACAGGAUGACUUUUACCCAUAUGUAACUCCAUUGUUGUCCCAAAGAAACAGAAGAAAUCAUCUCUAUUGGGUUGGGUUUGUUUCCACGGUACACCUGGACUUGACCCUCAAACAGCACAGUGCAUCUGCAGAUACUAAACCCACCAGACUGCAAUUCAUCUACUGCUUGCACCUCAAUGAACAAAUGGUAGACUGCUAGAGAAGUAUCUCCCUGCCACAAUCCAGUCUCUGUAUUUUGCCAAUGAUGCUUUAUAGCACUACGAAGGGACUUAAUGAGCUUCUGACAGUGUGGGUAUUAAACAGUUGUAAAGAGAGUGGAGAAUUUAAGUCAUAAUUUAUUCUUUGUUUUUCAUUUGGAAGGGCAUCAAGCUAAUUUUUAAUAUUCGGGUGUCUGAUUUUAUGUGGUGCACAUGAUGGCUGCCAAGUGGCCCGGUAACAUCUCAAGCAGAACCAUUUGCUUAGAGUUCCGUGCCCUGUGCAUUUCUGUGUUUUACCUUUGUUGCUUCUUGUAAAUUAUUAGACUUUUAAUUUAUGGACUAAUUCAGGAAACUGAUCUUGAGGGACCUGUUGGCACGUAGUGUUUCCAUAUACUCCGGCAAAUCCUGAUGCGAUUAUUGUCUCAAUAUUUGGAAUUUACUCAAAUAUUGACUGCGUCGUUUUGUAACCUGCAAACAAUAUGUAACUCUUUGCUGGCUCUGGCAUAUAAAGCCACAACAUUUUUUUUUUCCUCCAACAUUUAUUUGUAUUGCCCUUCAUUGUCAGAGAACCACAGCCAAUUUCAGCAAAGACAAUCCUCUGAAUUAAAGGUAGAAAAGGGCAUUUUCCGGACAAAAGGUUUUGGCAACCUCAGUAGACCAAUGGUGCUGAUGUUUUCUAACCUCAGUUAAAAUAAUUUAUAUUUGCAUUGCUAGGAGGUGAAAGGGUGUAUGGUUUUCCUCAUUCCCCUCAAGCUUUCUAUAAGUCAUUUGCACUCGGGGUGGGGUGCCUGCAAGUGCUUUUGAAAGAUUGUGUUCUUCAAAAUGACUGAUCUAUUUAUUUUCUGGAAACAAGAUGAGGCAUUGUGCUAAUAUUUUUUUUACUUAGACAAACUGCUGUCAGGACUGUUGGAUUUGCAGCCUCCAGCUGCUAAGUUACAGCUCACAGUAUCCACUGCCAGAGAUUGGUGGGAGCUGUAAUGCCUAAGCUGGAGGCUGCGCUAUUGGGGGAAGUAUUUCUGAUGUAUUUAAAGUAAGCCAGGUAAACUCAUCUGGGUUUUAGGCUACUGUUCUGGUUCAAUUUAAUUUUUCUUUUUAAAUGGACCUUGGUCAUUUUAAAGUAAUGUCAAUCUUAAAUGUAUGCAUCAUUCUGGGUUUAUUGCUUUGUUUUCCUCUUUUUGUCUUUGCAUAUUUGAAAGCCAGUACUCCAUGAUUUGCUGUUCCCUUUCCAGUAGUAAAGUGCCAUAUUACUGAAACAAAGGCGUAUAAAGUUGGAGUGCAUCCAUUUCAUUUUAUGUUAUGCUGAUAGCUCCAAUUGAAUGUUAACAUUGGAUUACUUAGAUGGGUUAUUGGUUGUGCAAAAGAAACCCCAAAACCUGAAUGUAGCUUAUUGUGAACACAAUAUUUUGCUUAAGGAUUUCUGUUCUCCUUUAUGCCAAGGCCUGUUGUGCCCAGCUGUUGCUCUGAGUUGGACUGACUCAAUACAAGACUGUCCCCUGUACAUCUGAUACUUUACACAAACGAUGAGUACAAUGUAAUGGUAAUUUAAGGUUAAGAAUUCAGUGCGGUGGUUAGUUUCCACCUACAAGGAGAUUGAAAGGUUUUAUCACUGGGGUGUAAUUGUUAGGGGCAACCCCAGUGAUUAUAAUCGCUUACUACAGACCCUGGGCUAGGGCUCAUCUUCACCAAAAUAUGGGCUGGGUAGCAUUUUAGUAAGCAUUGUGCCACCAUCUCCUUCUUUUGCCAUGGAAUCUCUGGGGCUGGUCUGGCAUGGACACAAAAACAAAACUGAGAGUAAUAAAUAAAUCAGAACAUUUACUCUUCUGCACAUGUGAACAGCUAGGCCACAGGGCUCACUGGAAUACUACCCCAGGUUGGUGUGUUUUUUAGCAAAGGAAUAUUUGCCCAGGGUCUAAAGUAAGUGAUUUUAAUAAUGGAGGCUGCAUUACAAAUUGUCAUCCCAUCCUUGUCCUUUAAGUCUCCUUAAAUGUUCCCAAAACAGUUUUACUUAAAUGGUACCAGUUUCAACCUCUCUCUCUCAGUUCAUAAUAUAAUUCCUAUUCACUUUCAGACUUUUUUUUCUUGCUUUGUGACUUUUUUUAUAUCCUGCUGCUUGAUAGUUUUACAAAAAGAGUAAGUAGCAGAGAGGGAGGGCAUUGUUCUAUCUAACUUCAAAUAAUGUUUUCACAUAGUUCAGUUCAUUAGUGAAAGUCAAUGCUGCUGUUAUAAUGGCUCAGUACCAGUACCUUCCCUUCAUUAUUCUUACGAGGUCCUGGCCAACAUUUAAGAAACAUGGGGUUUUGAUUGGGUUUGGAGGAAUAAAUACAGUGAAAGAGGAGAGAAUAUAUUUAGUAGGAAAAAUAAAAGAUACAAGAUAUCUAAUGUUGUUGUUGUGUUUUUUUUU